AUGGCCAAUCAAUUGCAGUCAGAAUCCACUCGGUUGUAUUCAUGGUGGUGGGAUAGUCACAUUCCUAAAAACUCAAAAUGGAUUCAAGAUAAUCUUGCAGAUAUGGAUUCCAAAGUGAAGACAAUGAUAAAGCUCAUUGAAGCAGAUGCAGAUUCGUUUGCAAGAAGAGCAGAAAUGUAUUACAAGAAACGUCCAGAGCUUAUGAAACUAGUGGAGGAGCUAUACAGAGCUUACCGUGCUUUAGCUGAGAGGUACGAUCACACGACAGUGCAGCUUCGUCAUGCGCAUAAAACCAUGGUUGAGGCGUUUCCUAACCAGAUUCCUUCCGACAUGAUUGAUGAUUCUGCAUCAUCUUCUUCUUGUGAGCCUUACACAGAACACUUGCAAAAAGAUGAAACUUCUGAUACUGAAGUUGAAAGCUUGAAGAGAACAUUGCUUGAGCUUCAGAGUGAAAAAGAGGCUUUGGAUCUCCAGUAUCAGCUGAGCUUGAAACAACUAUCAAGAUUCGAAAAGGAACUCAACGAUGCUCAAAAGGAUGUUAGAGAGUAUGAUGAACGUUCUUGCAAAGCUGAGAUUGAGAUUAAAGUACUCAAGGAGUCUCUUGUAAAGCUUGAGUUUGAGAGGGAUACAGGGCUUCUUCAGUAUACUCAAUCCAUGGAGCGAAUAUCAGAUUUAGAAGCAUCGUUUUCUCGUGAGCAAGAACACGUGAAGGAGCUCACUAACCGAACAUCUACAGCAGAAAGAGAAGCUAUUAGUCUCAGGCAAGAGAAAGAGGCAGGCUUGGUCCGGUACAAUAAAUGUCUUGAGAUGAUAUCUGCUUUAGAGAAGAAGAUUAGAGAUGCUGAGGAGAGUGUAAAUAUGUUCAGAGAUCAAACUGAAGAAGCAGAAAAUGAAAUCAAAGCUUUGAAACAAGAACUUGUGAAGUUGAAUGAGGUGAAUGAAGACUUGAGUGUUCGAUAUCAGCAGUGUUUGGAGACAAUAUCGAAUCUAGAGAGAGAUGUUUCCCAAGCUCAAGACAGUGCCAAAAGACUGAGUAGUGAAGUUCUUGCUGGAGCUGCAAAGAUAAAGACUGUGGAGGAACAGUGUGCUCUUUUGGAGAGAUUCAAUCAUAAUCUGAAGGCAGAAGCAGACAAUCUACUUUGCAAAAUGUCGGAGAAAGAUCAAGAACUAGUCAAGAAGCAAAACGAGAUUGAAAAGGUUCAUGCUCUAAUGCAAGAAGAACAUUUCCGGUUUUCAGAACUCGGAGCUAGCCUUAGGACUCUGGAGAGCUUGCAUUCUCAAUCACAAGAGGAACAGAAGGUUCUCACCUUGGAACUUGAAAGAAAGAUUCAAAUGCUGAGAGAAGAAAACCGAAACUUAACCGAAGGAAACGACUCUUCUACAGUCUCCUUCCAGGUUCAGAAAAAUGAGAUCUCUUGCUUGAAGAAGAUGAAAGAAAAGCUCGAGGAAGAAGUUGCAAAACAGAUGAAUCAGAGCAGUGUUCUUCAAGUAGAGAUCCAUUGUUUGAAGGGUCAUAUUGACAACGUGAGUAGGAGAUACCAACAAUUAGUAAACCAAGUGAGACUCACGGGUUUGGAUCCUGAAUCCUUUUUUUACUCUGUGAAGAAACUACAAGACGAGAGCUCAAAGCUGCUCGAGUUAUUCACAAAACAGAGAGAUGAGAAAGAUGCACUUACAAGAAAACUGUGUGAAAUGGAUAACAUUGUAAGGAGGAAUGCUGAUUUAGAGAAACUUCUUUUGGAAUCAAACACCAAACUAAACGGUUCCAAGGAGAAAGCAGAGGAUCUGCAAGAACGAUGUGAGUCUUUACGAGGAGAGAAGUCAGAGAUUGCUGCAGAGAGAGCUAACUUGUUUUCACAGCUGCAAAUCAUGGCUAAGAAUAUGCAGAAGCUCUUGGAAAAGAACACUUUAUUGGAGAGUAAUCUUUCAGUUGCAAACAUUGAGCUUGAAAGUCUAAGAGACAAGUCAAAAUGCUUUGAAGAUUUCUUCACGUUGCUCAAGAAUGAUAAGUCUGAGCUUAUGAAGGAAAGAGAAGCUCUUGUCUCUCAGUUGCGUAAGGUUGAGGAGAAGCUAGGAGUCUUGGAGAAGAAGUAUACAGAGCUUGAGGUAAAAUAUUCUGAUUUACAGAGCGAGAAAAAGCUUAAAGACCUUCAAGUAGAGGAGUUAAAGGUCUCACUUGCUACUGAGAAGCAGGACCAUGGUGAUUACAAAAGAUCGACUGAAACAAGAUUAGUAGAUCUUCAGAAGAAUGUGAGCUUCCUUCGAGAAGAGUGUCGCACAAGGAAAAGAGAGUAUGAGGAGGAGCUUGACAGAGUUGUAAACAAGCAAGUUGAGAUCUUUAUACUGAAAAAGCUUAUAGAAGAUUUGGAGCAGAGGAACUUCUCUCUCCUGAUUGACUGUCAGAAGUAUGUGGAAGCAUCUGAGUUUUCAGAGAAGCUCAUUUCUGAAUUGGAAAGUGAGAAUCUUGAGCAGCAGAUGGAAGCAGAGAUAUUCUUGGAUGAGAUUGAUAGCUUGAGAGGUGCAAUUUCUCAAGUGGUAAAGGCACUUAUAGUUGAAGCAGAUUGCAAGACUUUCGAAAAGAAGAUUACGAAAGACCAAACUUUGAGUGUUUUGAGAGAGAUUAAUGGCCUGAAAUGCUCACUUUCCAGCUCUGAAUUUGAGAUGCAUCGACUUGUAGUUGAGAACUCAGUGCUGUUGUCUCUUCUUGGACAGUUUCAGUCGGAUGGUUUGAUGGUGGAAUCGGAGAAGAACAUCCUCGAAAAGGACAAGCAAGAUUUGUUGGAGGCGAACCGGUUGUUGAAAUCAAAACUGAUCAAAAGAGAGCAGCAAGAGCAAGAGCUGAGAGCUGAGCUACAGAAGGAGCAUUCGAAGUUUGAGAGAUUGCAUGAGUCAUACAUAGUUUUGCAGCAAGAUUAUUCCUAUACACUGAAUGAGAAGAAAGCCUUGCUUCUGAAAUUCUCAGAGCUUAAAGAUGGAAUGUGUAUAGUUGAGGAAGAAAAUGAUGCAAUUCUUCAGGAAGCUCUUGCUUUGAGUAACAUGUGUUUGGUUUACAAGUCCUUUGGGUCAGAAAUGGCUGAGGAGGUCGAAGGUUUUGAUGAUACUGUGAGCAGUUUACGCGAAAUUAGCACCGGCCUGAAGCAUAAGGUUGAGACGCUGGAGGAGAAGUUAAAAGGUAAAGAGGAAGAAAGUAAAAGUCUUUACAAGAUGGUUGAGAAGUUACAAGAAGGCCUUGAAGAAGACAACUUCUUAAAUGGACUCUUGGAAGAUCAGGUUUUAAAUGUAGACGAAAUCUUGGAACAUAAGGGAAUGGUGAUACUAGAAACAGAGCAUAUGCUUAAUGUUACAAACAAUGCAAAUGAAGAUCUGUACAGAGAAGUUGAGGAGAUGAGAAGAGAGUGUGAUGAAUCAAGAAGAAAUAGAGGAAAUUUAGAGAGGAAGAUUUAUGAACUGUCGGAUCUUGCUGCGAGACAAGACGAAGAGAUUAGUAAACUCAACAUUUUGAAUGAGAAUUUGGUGUCAGAGGUUGAGUUGCUACAUGAAGAAAUCCGACAACAACAAGUUCGAGAGGAGUUCUUGAGUUUGGAGCUGCAAGAGAAAAGCAAUGAGGUUGGACUUUGGGAUGCUGACGCAACAUCUUUCUUCUUUGAUCUUCAGAUCUCAGCUAUCCGUGAAAUCUUUCUUGAAGAAAAAGUUAACGAACUUAGUGGAGUUUGUGAAAAUCUCAGAUACGAAGCUGUUGCAAAGACGAAGAAGAUAGAACAGAUGACAGAAACAGUUGGCUUUUUGGAAUCUCAAGUGACUGAGCUGAAGAAUAAAUUGUCAGCUUACGAUCCUGUGAUAACAUCUUUGGCAAAAGAUGUAACGUCACUUGAGAAAACUACCAAUCAACAGAGAGAGAGUGUUCAUCUUCAAGAAGCUCUUUGUCAAGAUCCAGGCAGUGGACCAAGUAUAAAGACCAUCGGACAAGAAGUUCUUGAUGAAAAAGACAGUCUUCGUAGGGAAAGAACUCGACGCAGCGCCUCCCACAAAGGCAGAGACAGCAAGAAGAUUAGGGAGAUGCAACUUGAGGACAAUGUCUCUGGUGAAUCUAGACAGCCAAGAACGAAGCCUGAGAUGAAAGAAAUUCCUGGGGAUCAAGUCACAGACUCUGAGUUUUAUGGCAGAAGCAAGGAAAGUAGUAAUCUUGGUUCCAAUGUCAAUCCUUCCCAAUGUUCUUCAGAAGUUUGGGAAGAAGAAUCUUCUGGAUCAGAGAAGAGUCUAAAGUUUCUCAUCAGCAGUAACGAAACGAAGAGGCCAUGUCGUCAAAGCCGGAAUCCUUCUAUAGAAUCUGAGAAAGACGUUGGAGUUGUUGACAAGCUAGAGCUAUCAAGAAACAUUGAAGACAAGGCAAAGAUUAUGGAGAGACUCUUGUCUGACUCAAGAAGACUGUUGAGUCUCCGGAUCAGUCUAACAGAUCUGAAAACCAAGAUAGAGAUGAAUGAGAAACAAGGCAGAUUCAGCAACACUGAUUUGGUAAUAGUGAAGAGACAGUUGAAAGAAAUGGAAGAAGCUGUCUUGCAGCUGACAAACACAAACGAGAUUCUCUCAAAAGAGAUUGAAGAGACCGGAGAUUCCAGAGAUAUAUACAGAAAAGUGGUUAUGGAGAAGUCAAGAAACGGGUCUGAGAAGAUCGAGCAGCUGCAGAACAAAAUGCAGGACAUUGAGCAGACAGUGGUGAAGCUUGAAGACGGAGCUAAAAGCAAAGGAAGCAAAACGUUGUCAGAGAGUAGGAGAACAGUGGUUCUCUUGAGAGACAUUAUUCACAAAAGAAGUGCGAGAAAGAAGAAAAACCGGUUUUGUGGGUGCAUAAGAUCUUCGAAUAAAGAAGAGUAA